AUGGUCAGCGCUCAGGUACCGUUCUCCUUUCCUCUGGCCCACUUCCUCAUCUUUGUCUUUGUGACUUCCACCAUCAUCCACCUCCAGCAACGAAUAACGAAGCUCCGAACCCUGUCUGAGAAGGAAUUACAGACGAUUCAAAAGUCCUGGCCAAGUGCGGCAAGCACAGAGAUGCAGCAGAGUAGCGAGCUGCUGGGCAUGUUCACGAUCAAUUCCAUUGGCCGCCUGGGGAACCAGAUGGGCGAAUAUGCUACAUUGUUUGCACUGGCCAGGAUGAACGGACGGCUUGCCUUCAUCCCCGAAUCCAUGCACAAGGCUCUAGCACCCAUCUUCAGGAUCAGCCUCCCAGUGUUGCACAGUGACACAGCCAAAAGGAUCCCGUGGCAGAAUUACCACCUCAACGACUGGAUGGAGGAGCGUUACCGCCACAUCCCGGGGCACUAUGUGCGCUUCACGGGGUACCCUUGCUCCUGGACCUUCUAUCACCACCUGCGCCCAGAGAUCCUGAAGGAGUUCACCCUGCACGACCACGUGCGUGAGGAGGCCCAGGCCUUCCUGCGUGGCCUGCGGGUGAAUGGGAGCCAGCCCAGUACCUUUGUGGGUGUCCAUGUGCGCCGAGGGGACUAUGUGCGUGUCAUGCCCAAUGUGUGGAAGGGCGUGGUGGCUGACCGGGGUUACCUGGAAAAGGCCCUGGACAGGUUCCGGGCACGCUAUUCAUCUCCAGUCUUCGUGGUUACUAGCAACGGUAUGGCCUGGUGCCGGGAGAACAUAAACGCCUCUCUAGGAGACGUGGUGUUUGCGGGCAAUGGUAUUGAGGGCUCGCCAGCCAAGGACUUCGCGCUCCUCACCCAGUGCAACCACACCAUCAUGACUAUUGGAACCUUUGGGAUUUGGGCUGCCUACCUGGCAGGUGGUGAUACAAUCUACCUAGCCAACUACACCCUUCCGGAUUCUCCGUUCCUCAAAAUCUUUAAGCCAGAGGCAGCCUUCCUCCCCGAGUGGGUGGGCAUCCCCGCAGAUCUGUCCCCACUCCUUAAGCACUAACACCAGCCUACCCUUGGUCCCACUUCCACCUCAAGGCAGAAGGAGUCACCUGUUACAUCCCAGGAAGAGCCUUC